AUGGGUAGUGCACAGUCUGGCAUGGGUGGUCCUCCUUCCGGGGACCAAAACGAUAAGUCGCAGGACAAGAAAAAGGAAAAGCCAAAGUACGAGCCUCCGCCACCAACCACCCGUGUUGGCCGUCGCAAACGCCGCGCCGCCGCCGGUCCCGAUGCUGCUAGCAAGCUUCCAACAGUGUUUCCAAAUGCACGGUGUAAACUAAAAUUAUUACGGAUGGAACGUAUUAAGGAUCACUUGCUUCUCGAGGAGGAGUUUGUACAGAACCAGGAGCAGCUGCGCCGGAAUAAGGGUGAGAAGGGAGGCUUAGAGCAGAGGCAAGAGGAGGAACGAAGUCGUGUUGACGAUAUGCGGGGAAGCCCUAUGGGUGUAGGGAACUUGGAGGAAAUGAUUGAUGACGAUCAUGCAAUUGUUUCCUCCGCGACCGGGCCUGAAUACUACGUCUCUAUCAUGUCCUUUGUCGAUAAGGACCUUCUAGAACCUGGCUGUUCUGUUCUUCUUCACCACAAGACCGUCUCAAUUGUCGGUGUCCUUACAGAAGAGUCGGAUCCUUUGAUUUCAGUUAUGAAGCUUGAUAAAGCCCCGACAGAAUCGUAUGCAGAUAUUGGUGGUCUAGAAACCCAGAUCCAGGAGGUCCGUGAAGCUGUCGAGCUACCCCUACUACACCCUGAGCUGUAUGAAGAAAUGGGCAUCAAGCCUCCAAAGGGUGUCAUUCUAUACGGAGCCCCCGGAACCGGAAAAACCCUUCUCGCCAAAGCCGUAGCAAAUCAAACAUCUGCCACUUUCUUACGUAUCGUUGGUUCUGAGCUUAUUCAGAAAUACCUCGGUGAUGGACCUCGUCUCUGUCGUCAAAUUUUCCAGGUCGCUGCUGAGCACGCGCCUAGUAUCGUAUUCAUCGAUGAAAUUGAUGCUAUCGGUACUAAACGUUAUGAUUCAACAAGUGGGGGUGAGAGGGAAGUACAGAGGACCAUGCUGGAACUUCUAAAUCAAUUGGACGGUUUCGAUGACAGGGGUGAUGUCAAGGUUAUCAUGGCCACAAACAAGAUCGAGACCCUAGAUCCUGCAUUGAUUAGGCCUGGACGGAUUGAUCGUAAGAUUUUAUUUGAGAAUCCAGAUCAAAACACAAAACGAAAGAUUUUUACACUCCACACCUCAAAAAUGUCCCUCAGUAGUGAUGUAGAUCUUGAAGAGUUUAUCAAUCAGAAGGAUGACCUUUCUGGUGCUGAUAUCAAAGCAAUUUGUACUGAGGCUGGUCUACUCGCGCUGAGGGAGAGGAGAAUGAGGGUACAAAUGGCGGAUUUCAGGACUGCUAGGGAAAGAGUCUUGAAGACCAAGAAUGAGAGUGAGCCGGAAGGUUUGUACUUGUAG